UUCUGGGAAAGAAGCAACAGUUCUGGGUCCAGACAAAUGGAGUAGAAGUUGCAGCUCCUUACCUGUACAGGUAUCUCAGGCUCUUCAAGGCCCAUGGCAACACAUGAUGAUUUUAUGGCAGGAAAAUAUCAAACUCAGGUUGUAAUAUAUUGUGGCAGCAUUCCCAAACUAAAAUUUGGAUGCAAGCCAUCUAGAGGUAGAAGCAUUGAUUCUACUUUGCAGCUCCAUGGAAAUGGAUGGAGGACCACAGAUGAGGCAUCAGUUUUAAAGACACAAUCAUGUUUAUGGGGAAACAAAGGAGAACCUUCAAAUGUUUCUUCUCUGAAGAGCUGGGAUAGUAGAAAUGGCCUUCAGAAGAAUCCAGACAGCACAGUCAUGAAUGGCUCUUCACAGAUACCUAAUGCCCAGCCAAAGUACAGUCUCAGUGAGUUGGAAAUCAACAGUGCAGCCAUGGAGACUGCUCAAAUCAAGGAUAAGCUCAAAAAAAGAAGAAUGUCCGAAGGCUUACUGGCAUCAAAAAAAGGUAUGAUGAAUUCUUGUAAGAAAACAUUAUCUAUAGGGAUGCAUGGUCCUGAUGAGAAUCCAAAAAAGUCUUUAGGUGCUGCUUUGAUCCCACCCAUCCCCAAGUUAGCAAAGGCAUGUGAAGAAAAUUCCCAGAAGGCUGCACAACCCUUUCCAAGCUUACCACCGACAGAAUGUGUCCCACUUGCCGGAGAUGAGUGUCCCAAAAGAAGAUCAUUAUCAAAGUCUGGAAAUGAUGAAGACAACAGCAAAAAAACACUGGAAACUAGAUUGUCUGAACCUGCUUUCCAUAAUGGCUUUGCUGCACCUUUGAAGAUUGUUGGGGGAUCACUGGCAUCCUUACUGCUACCGGCCACCUCCUCUCUCUGUCUGGCCAAGGAAGAGGACUUGCCUUCAAAUCAUCACCUGUUAAAAGAUGAUGAAUGGAAAGAAAGCAAUGGAAGGAUUCAUGUCACAAUAUCCAAGUCAGCUCAGGAGAAAAUGCGUCAAAAGCAGCGAAAGGAGAUAGAGUUCUUUCACAAAGAAAAGGAGAAAGUGAAAGAGAGAGAAAAUGAAAGAUCCACAAAAAUCCAGGAACAACAGUCAAGAAAUGUUCUGGACGGAUCCAGUUGGCUUAAUCACAAUGGAGCCACCCCUGUUACCCUCAACCUGAGCAACCCCUGCAGAGCUUCUGUUGGGAUGGCUUUAAGGAAACGAGUGAACAGGCCCUCAUUGCCCAGCAUUCCUGUUAUCAGCCAAGAGAGCAACUUCCUGAGACAUGCGUCAGCUAAUUCCCUGCCAGCAAAUCUCCAACACUCUCCAGAAUGGGAAGAGGAUCUUGUAAAUAGGGAUGCCUUUGAGAUAAGACCUUUGUCUCAUCCAGAACAUGAAUUAAUCGAUGCUCUCAAGUGGCUCAGUAGCAAUGAUUGGCACCUGAAGGAGAAAGGACUCUUCAACAUCAUAUGCUUGGCUACCUGCCAUUCAGAAGUUCUGCAGAGUAGACUUCAUGAUGUUUCCUUGGCAGCUACAAAGGAGGUUAGCAACUUACGAUCUAAAGUAUGUAGAUUUGCUAUUGGGACCCUUGCCGAAUUGUUCAAAGCUAUGACGAAGCACAUGGAUCAAGAGGUUGAGGAGAUAUCUCGAGUCCUGCUUCAGAAGGCAGGUGAUACUAGUGAAUUCAUCCAGAAAGCAGCUGACCAGUCCUUGGGGAUCAUGGCACAGAGUGUGACUCCUUCGCGAGCAAUGACAGCCCUCAUGGCCAAUGGAGUGACCCACCGAAACCCUCUCAUUCGAAAAUGUGCUGCUGGACACUUAUUGACAAUCAUGGAACAAAUUGGGGCUGAGAAACUGCUCUCGGGCAACCGGGACAGUACAGAGUUGUUAGUGCAGACAUUAGUGAAGAUGGCUCAGGACUGUCAUCAAGAAACAAGAUGUUAUGGCCGGAAGAUGCUGAACAUGCUUAUGUGUCAUUCAAAAUUUGAUGGGUAUUUGAAACAAAAUGUGCCAUCACAUGACCUGCGGGAUGUCAUGGCUGCAAUUAAACAAAAAGGAACAGAAGAUUCAGCCUCUCAAGCUCCUUCUGCCAAAAGUUACCGAAGAUCAAAGAAUGGCAGUUUGACAAUCUCACUGGACAGCCUGUCUUCGAGCGAAGGGUCUACCUCAGAUGUUCUUAAUUUCUCGCAAUCUGCAGCUCGUUGCUCCUCACUUCGCAGCAUAGAUGUAAUGGAGCAGCUGAAGGACUUGAACAAACUGCUUGUGGCCAAGGAAUUUCAGAUACGAAUUGAUGGAAUAACCUUACUAAUGGAUCAUUGCAAGAAGAACCCACACUUUGUCUCCUCAAAUAUUGUGCAGAUUUUUGACACUUUUACACUGAGGCUUCAAGAUUCCAACAAGAAGGUGAACCAGUAUGCAUUAGAAUCAGUUGUCUCCAUGAUUCCAUUGCUUAAAAAUGGCUUUAAUCCAGUCCUGUUCUCUGUGGUGACUAUAGUGAUGGACAACUUAAACUCAAAGAAUUCUGGGAUUUACAGUGCGGCAGUAAAAGUUCUGGAUACAAUGAUUACUUACUUAGACAACCUGUUGCUGCUUCAAAUAAUUGCCAGCAGAGUGCGUUUUCUCACUGGCCGAGCUCUGCAGGACAUCACGGACUGUCUGGCAGGUCUUGUGGCUGUUGCUUAUCCACGGAAGCCUCAAGUUGUGGAACGUCAGAUCCUUCCUGUUCUCUGGUAUUUCCUGAAUAACAUGAUUGGUAAUGGGGUAUUACCUGGGAAGAGUGGAAAUGUGAGAACUGUGGUGUCUAAACUGGCUAAAAGCUUGCACAAACAAAUGGGGCUGAAACUUGAGGAAUACGUUUGCAACCAACCACAACAUGUGAUCAAACUUUUUCAAGAUCUUCUAGAUAUGGAUCUUCAAUGAAAAAAAAGCCUGUUACUAUUUCUGGAACAAUUU